UAUUUUUUUUAUUUGUUCAGAAAUAGCAGCCCUUGAUUAUAUCAGAAAAUAUUAGCCGUUCCUUUUAGUUACAUUAUACUCGAAAUUUAAUAAGGAAAUUCGAAUCUGUAAAUUAAGGUACGCUUCACAAUGCUGGAACUUGUGGUAUUAUUUCUGCUUAGUUCCGUUUCGUUUUUCGUGGCCCAUCUGGAGAAACCAAAAUCUUUCUCGGGCUAUAAAGACGCCACAUGUCCCAUUGUCAUGGGUAUACUCGCCGCUGGAUUGGUCUACAAAAAUUAAAAUGCAGAGGUGCUUUUUUUUUUCUGAAAAAG